CGAUGCGGCACCAAAGACCACCGUGAUCGACACAGCCAAGAUCAAAGCUGCACCCGGAUCGGGUUGUCCACGUUGCGGAGGUGUUGUGUUCGCUGCUGAAGAGGUUCUCGCCAAGGGUCGUCCAUGGCAUCGCAAGUGCUUCAAGUGUCACGACUGCAACAAGACCCUCGACUCGAUCAACGCGUGCGACGGCCCCGACAGGGAUGUUUUCUGCAAGACCUGCUACGGCAAGAAGUGGGGACCCCACGGUUAUGGAUUUGCUUGCGGCUCUGGAUUCCUUCAGACUGAUGGGUUGACCGAAGACGAGAUCUCACAGUCUCGCCCAUUCUACAACCCAGAUACGACUUCGAUCAAGGCCCCCGAGGGACAAGGUUGCCCGAGGUGCGGAGGAAUGGUCUUCGCAGCUGAGCAGCAGUUGGCCAAGGGAACGAUGUGGCACAAAAAGUGCUUCAACUGCGCCGAGUGCCACAGGCCCUUGGAUUCCGUCCUCGCCUGCGACGGUCCGGACCGCGAGGUCCACUGCAAGGCCUGCUACGGCAAACUCUUCGGCCCCAAGGGUUUCGGCUUCGGCCACACUCCGACCCUUGUCUGCGCCGACGGACAGGCUCCGGCCCUGCAAACAUCCAGGCCCAAUUCGGGCGCGAAAGCCGCCCCCGGCAUGGGCUGCAAACGUUGCGGAUACGCCGUGUACGCCGCCGAACAGAUGAUCAGCAAGAACGGCGUCUGGCACAAGAGAUGUUUCAGCUGCUGCGACUGCAGCCGCUCCCUCGACUCCACCAACCUCAACGACGCCCCCAACGGCGAGAUCUACUGCAGGGGUUGCUACGCCAAGCACUUCGGCCCCAAGGGCGUCGGCUUCGGCAUGGGCGCCGGCACCCUCACGAUGGCCUAGACACCGAACACACGUUAAACAAACAAACAAACAAAGUUACCUAGCAACCAAGAAACGAACAACAGAAAAUGACAAAAAAAAAAAAGAAGAGAGAACGCAACACGGUUGCCCGGUAACGACGUUUUAAAAUGAGAAAAAAAAGCUUAAAAAAAUAUAUAACUAAAUAAAUUUAAAAAAAAAAAAAUCCCCCGCAAAUAAAUUAACUCUGUAUGCUUCGAAACUCGCAUAUUUUUGAACAUUCUUUUCGAACAAAAUGAAAAACCUCCCCAUCGCGAAGGAGGCAAAAUAACAAACAACCAAGAACCGAAGAAAAGAAUUACCAUGAGCGUUCCACACGCACGCACAACCAACAAUUUUUUUUUUGUUACAUAGAUGACGAUGUUUUUUUUUUGUGUGUAUUCCAGAGAGUAGUGAGAGGACACGUUUCAUAAUAAAAUGCAAGAAAAGUAACGAAUUAAAAAAAAAUCUCGGUAUUUUAGCAAUGGGAUCAAAGUAAACGAAAUCACUAUAUAAAACGUAAUUAAACAAAUGAAGAAGAAGAAGAAGAAGAAACUGAAGGCUACUACUUCCUCGAACGACCCGGCAACUUCGGGCAACUGCGAAAGAUUUUUUUGUACAUAUAUACACCGGCCACAUCUUGUUGGUCUAUAUUUUAUUUACUAUUUAAGAAAAUGAAAAAAAGAAUACAGAAUUGAUUCAUGAUGACGAAAUGGCUUUGGCGCUUCGCGUGCAAUUAUAAUGAAAAUCUAUAUAUAU